CCGGCCUGACCUUCCUGCCGCGGCUCGCGGCCCGACAUUGACGCGUCCUCGCGGCUCGCGGCUCGCGGCUCGGGCAGCAUGGUGGCCUACUGGCGGCAGGCGGGGCUCAGCUACAUCCGAUACUCCCAGAUCUGCGCAAAAGCAGUGAGAGAUGCUCUCAAGUCAGAGUUCAAAACCAGCGCCGAGAAGACUUCCGGCAGCAGUGUGAAAAUUGUGAAAGUGAAAAAGGAGUAAUGUACCCUGACUAAAGCUUACGAUGCUCCAUUUUCGAGGUGAAGAUGUGUGGGCGCACGUUAUGGCGGAUUGGAAACCAUCUCAAGUCAAAAAAAAAAAAAUACCUGUCUUGCUGGUAGAUUGACAAUAUCAAUAAAUUGAAUUCUGCUUCCCUCUUGCUGGUGGUUUUGUUUGUCGCU